UCUCUCACCGGCAUUUCAGCUGAAACGACGUAAAUGACCUUAAUUUGGAUAUAUACUCGUUUAAAGUUGGUUAAUUAUUGAUAGAAGAUGGUUUAUUUCGAUCAUAUGAUUAGGAAAUGAUGGCUGACGGAAUAUCGCUUAUGGAAAUGAGGUGCAUUUAGCUCCAUAUUAUUUUUUAUGAACAGAGGACAUGAGGCCAACAUCCAUUAAUUAUUAAUAUAAUAUUCCAGUAGCACCAUGUCUACCAGUAAUCUGCCACCCCUACGAAACCUGCCCAGCUGGUCCAGGGUUCGAGAUCUGGACAGGGUGAGAUACCCCCGACUUCUGUCUAGUGACUAUAUGGUCAGAUCUCCACCUGUGGACAUCAGGAGCCCCAAAGCAGCUGCUCAGGUUCAGCCCAGGACAGACACACGCAUCGCCUCUCUGGAGAAAGAUAUUCUGUUCCUCCAACAACAGCAUAAAGACACACUGGAGAGACUGCAUGCAGAAAUGGAAGAUCUGAAGCGUGUUAAUAAAGAAUUGCAGUAUCAGAUGGUUAUGGAACAUGAAAAUUCUCCAAAAGAGUCCAUAUGGUCCGACAGUCAUUCCUCAAAAUCCUGCAGCGACGGUUCAGCCGGGAAGAACUCCCAGUGUGGAUUCCUUAGUUCAGAGGAGGCGUCCGGGGCAGGAGGAGGAGGAGGAGGCGCAGUCACAUCGCUGCUGCCGCUCAGGAUUACCAGCAGUCCCUCCCAGCAUCCCCGAACCCCCACGCUGAAGGAGUGUGAGGUCAUCAUCCGGCAGCUCUAUCACGCCAACACCUCACAGUAUCAGGAGCUGCUGCGGAUCAAGACGCUCCUCAGAGACAUCGCCUCUAAAAGCAAAUCGUCUGCUGAAGUUUUCUCUCUCGCAACGGCCUGCCUCUGCGACAACAGCAGGGGUGAAGUUUUCGAGCAUUUACCAAAACUACCUCUCAAACCACUGCCAAAGAAACAGUACUCGAGUCAAGCCGGUAGAGGAGAAACUGUGAUUCUGCCAGCCAUCAAACGCAAUUCAAGCAGCACCAUGUCAGAGCGGCAGAGGAGAGCGCAAGACGUGCACAGAAUGCGUCUCAGAAGAACUGUGAACUCUUGACACUGCUGCUAAUGAAGUGGAACGUGACCUUUACACACUUCUUUCUUUGUGCCAUCAUGUUGGGUCUUUUUUCACUCAUGAAAAUGCUCAAACAUAUAUAGUAUCGUGGUCUGUUUUUUAUGUCACUCUCUCUAGAGGGAAGGUCAAAAAAAUAAGUAUUUUCCCUCACAACAUACAGGAACGAGUGAGCGGCCGCUGAUCAUGUUUGAGUCCCUAAUGAACUAAAUAAGAAUCUUUCCAGAGAAGCAGCCAAAUGUCAAAGAUGAGUCGAGAGCUAAGCUGCCCGUCCUUCCACAGGAAGAUCCGUAAACUCAGAGAGAAACUUUAAAUCAAAUCUCUUCUAAUAACUUUUACCUUGAUUUGAAGUGUGACAUUUCCUUGAUAACAUGUCUCUUUAAAUAAAUGCACCAGCAACAUUU